GAGGAGCAGAUUUUUGAGAUAGAUUGCACCAUGCUGACGCCUGAAGCUGUUCUGAAGACCUCUGGGCACGUGGACAAAUUUGCAGACUUCAUGGUGAAAGAUGUAAAAAGUGGAGAAUGCUUCCGAGCUGAUCACCUCCUGAAGGCCCAUUUACAGAAGAUGAUGUCAGACAAGAAGGGCGCCGCGGAGAAAAAGAUGGAAAUGGAGAAGGUGAUCACGCAGCUGGACAACUACAAUCAGGAACAGCUUGCGGAUCUGUUUGUCAAUUACAAUGUGAAGUCCCCCCUAACAGGAAAUGACCUCACUGCUCCGGUGUCUUUCAAUCUCAUGUUCAAGACCUCUAUUGGCCCAGGAGGAAACAUGGCUGGAUAUUUGAGGCCAGAAACCGCCCAGGGAAUCUUUCUGAACUUCAAACGUCUUUUGGAAUUCAACCAAGGCAAACUGCCUUUUGCUGCUGCUCAGAUUGGCAAUUCUUUCCGGAAUGAAAUCUCUCCUCGCUCAGGUCUCAUCAGGGUCAGGGAAUUCACAAUGGCAGAAAUUGAACAUUUUGUGGACCCCAGGGAAAAAUGUCAUCCUAAAUUUCAAAAUGUAGCCGACCUCCGCAUCCUCUUGUAUUCUUCCAAAGCCCAGACCAGCGGGGAACCAGCCCGUGUCAUGUGUUUGGGGGAUGCUGUUGAGCAGGGUGUGAUCAACAAUUCCGUCCUGGGCUACUUCAUUGGCCGGAUCUACCUCUACCUCAUCAAAGUUGGCAUCUCUCCAGAGAAGCUUCGUUUCCGGCAGCACAUGGAGAAUGAGAUGGCUCAUUACGCCUGUGACUGCUGGGAUGCGGAGACCAAAACCUCCUACGGCUGGAUCGAAAUUGUUGGCUGCGCUGAUCGCUCCUGCUACGACCUCUCCUGCCACGCCAGAGCCACCAAAGUCCCUCUCGUUGCUGAGAAGCUUUUGAAGGAGCCGAGAAUCGCCAACGUUGUUCAGUUUGAAGCCAACAAGGGAGCCAUAGGGAAGGCGUACAAGAAGGAUGCUAAGCUGGUGCUGGAGUAUCUCGCCAUCUGUGACGAGUGUUACAUCAGUGAGAUGGAGACGCAGCUGAACGAAAAAGGGGAAUUUACGAUUGAGACAGAAGGGAAAACCUUUCAGGUAACAAAGGACAUGGUUGGCGUGAAAAGAUUCCAGAAAACCUUGCAUGGUAAGUCAUCUUCACUCUAA